AUGGCAUCUUCUUCCAGAAACCACCCCUCUUCUUCCAAUGGAGUACCCUCAUCACAAUGGCACCAUGUGAAUGUUAUUCCCCGUACCUUGGUCUUUUCGCCUACUCUUUCUAUUCCUCCUCAUCCUUCUACUACGGUGGCUACUGUAACUACCACUGCCCCUGCCCCUGCUUCACCACAAGUCCCGAACCCUGUCGCUCCACGUAGAAGUGGGUGUGGAGCUAAAAGGUAUUUGUGUACAAUGUGUGGGAAGAGGUACGUAAGCUCCCAAGCCUUGGGAGCUCACCAAAAUUCUCAUAGAAUAGAGCAAAUAAUCUUAAAACGAGCUCAGAGGAACUAUCGUAUUGCCCUUGAAAAUGAUGUUAAAGAAGCAUUCUUGGAUGCAAAAAUUGUCAAUCCCUUGCCACCUCAUUCUGCAAAUGAACAACUAUCCCCCUCCUCGUCCUCCUCCUCCUCACAGAUGCCUGCUCCUCUUCCGCCGCAUCCCCAAAGGACUCUAUCCCUCCUUCCCCCGCCACAGAGGCAUGUGCCUCACUUUAGUGGCUACGGACAAGCUAUCCCCUCCCAUUUCGGCCCACAUGCCUUCUUGGUCUCGGGGGCAGGUGAGAUCAACAGUCUCAGAGGUCAGCAACCCAUUAGUGAGCACCAGCCAGUGCAUGAGGGAUUAUCAAGCAAAGUGCCAAACUUAGAGCUUAGCCUUGGUUUGAGCACAGACACCGGCAAUAACGAGUUGGACCUCACAUUGCACUUGUGA